CAAGUCGUGAAAGAAUUGUACGUCUCUCUCUCCUCCUCUCGCCUUUCCUCUCUAUAUCUCUCUGUGCCGCCAUGGGAACUCAAGCUCCUCCUGAAGAUUCAUACCACAGAAAUAUUGACGAAAAGCUAGCGAGACAGAAAGAGAUCGAUGAUUGGCUGCCGAUCACAUCGUCGAGAAACGCGAAAUGGUGGUACUCUGCUUUUCACAAUGUCACCGCCAUGGUCGGUGCUGGUGUCCUCGGCCUCCCCUAUGCCAUGGCUGAGCUCGGCUGGGGACCAGGUGUGGUAGUACUGGUCCUGUCAUGGGUAAUAACACUGUACACACUUUGGCAAAUGGUGGAAAUGCACGAGAUGGUUCCAGGGAAGAGGUUCGACCGUUACCACGAGCUCGGUCAAUACGCGUUCGGCGAAAAGCUCGGUCUGUACAUCGUUGUGCCGCAACAGCUCAUCGUGGAAGUCGGAGUGUGCAUCGUCUACAUGGUCACUGGUGGCAAAUCUCUCAAGAAGUUCCAUGAUUUGGUCUGUGAAAACUGCAAAUCCAUCAAGCUUACUUAUUUCAUUAUGAUCUUCGCGUCGGUCCAUUUCGUUCUUUCUCAUCUCCCCAAUUUCAAUUCCAUCUCCGGUGUCUCCCUCGCCGCCGCAGUUAUGUCUCUCAGCUACUCGACAAUAGCGUGGGCGGCCUCGGCGGCAAAGGGUGUUCAGAAAGACGUCGAGUACGGAUACAAAGCGAAAACGACGGCCGGAACAGUGUUCAACUUCUUCAGCGCGUUAGGCGACGUGGCUUUCGCGUAUGCGGGCCACAACGUGGUUCUUGAGAUACAAGCAACGAUCCCCUCGACACCCGAGAAGCCGUCCAAGGGGCCGAUGUGGAGGGGAGUGGUCGUGGCUUACAUCGUGGUCGCGUUGUGCUAUUUUCCGGUUGCGUUGGUCGGUUAUUGGAUGUUCGGAAAUGCUGUCGAGGACAACAUUUUGAUAUCUCUGAAAAAACCGGCUUGGCUUAUUGCUACGGCCAACAUCUUCGUGGUCAUCCAUGUCAUUGGGAGCUACCAGAUAUACGCAAUGCCGGUCUUCGACAUGAUGGAGACUGUAUUGGUGAAGAAGCUACGUUUCAGGCCAAGCCGAGCCCUUCGCUUCGUCGUACGCAAUUUCUACGUUGCCGCAACGAUGUUUGUCGGUAUGACAUUCCCUUUCUUCGGCGGCCUCCUCGCUUUCUUCGGGGGAUUCGCCUUCGCCCCGACAACAUAUUUCCUGCCUUGCAUAAUGUGGCUUGCAAUCUACAAACCGAGGAAGUACAGCCUGUCCUGGUGGGCAAACUGGAUAUGCAUCGUGUUGGGAGUCCUGUUAAUGGUGAUAUCGCCGAUUGGAGGGCUGAGAACGAUCAUUCUCCAAGCCAAGGACUACAAGUUCUACUCUUGAAGCAUGUCACAGAUCAGAUCGAUAGCGUUUUUGGGAUCGUGUCUCUGUGUGUGUUUAUAUGUUAAAAAAAAAAAAAAAAAAUUCUUCUUCUGGGCAUUCGGAUUGUCACGAAACAAGAUUAUACUGAGAUUAUUAUAUAUAUUAUAUG